AUGCAGGAAUCAGAAGCGCAAAUUUUAGGAGUGAAUGUGGCGUUUAAAGAGCCGGUGCACAAAAUUCUGGAUUGGAUUAAGAACGAAUCGUUCUUCAGGUGGUCGAACAAGAUGGGGGGUGACCCAUCUCGAAGGAAUCAAAAUUUGUACUGCACAUACCACAGGGAUAAAGGGCACACCAUCGAGCAGUGUUGGGUAUUAAAAGAUCAUCUGGGGCAACUAGUAAAAGCAGGGUAUCUAAAAGAGUUCAUAAUGGAUUCUAUAGACCGAGAUGUCGGCCAGGGUGUUCAACAGAAAAGGAAUCCCCUCCCACCACCACUGGGAGUGAUCGAAGUCAUCCACGCUACCCCGAGAGGUGCGGCCACAGUUAAGGGAGCAUUGACAGUGGCCUGCGCGGAGGGAGAAUCACCCCAGAAAAGGAUGAAAGUUGGUUGGCUGACGAUCUCUUUUGACGAGGAAGAUUUGGAGGGGACGAUCCAACCUCAUGAUGAUGCAUUGGUAGUAACAGCACGGAUAAGCGAGUUCUUGGUGAAAAGAGUGAUGAUAGACUAG